UUUAACCAUCUUCCCCAAAUCUACACCACAAAUCUCACCAUAACAAUGUCGAAAUUCGAUCCAUACCGGCACCUCAGUAUACUUCCCAACCCUGACGGUACCAUCACUCGCUGCACCGACUUCCCCUGCACCGACCCCAACCCCGAUAUAGUUCCAGGUAUCCCCACUGUUUCCAAAGAUGUCACCGUCAACGACGAAACAAAGGUGUGGGCACGUAUUUUCCUUCCCAAUAAACUGCCGUCCAACGAUAACACAGUCGUACGAUUACCCAUCCUUUUCUACUUUCACUGUGGUGGCUUCAUCCUAUUCAGUGUUUCCAACACCGGAACUCAUCAUCCUUGCUCCACCCUUGCCAGUGAAAUACCCGCAAUUGUCGUAGCAGUGGAAUAUCGACUCGCCCCCGAGCAUAGGCUCCCGGCACCGUACGAAGAUGCCAUCAACACGAUCCUAUGGGUAAAGAAACAGGUCUUGAAUCCCGACGGAGAAAGAUGGCUAAGAGAUUAUGGAGAUUUCACAAGAUGUUACCUUGGUGGACGUGGCAGUGGUGGAAACAUAGCGUUUCAUGCUGCUUUAAAAACACUGGAUUAUGAUAUAAAUCCUUUGAACAUAAAUGGUAUAUUUUUAAAUCAACCGAUGCUUGGUGGGAAACAAAGGAUGCCAUCAGAAUUAAAAUACGCGACGGAUCAGUUGAUACCAUUGCCCGUACUUGAUCUGAUGUGGGAGUUAGCAUUGCCCAAGACGACGGACCGCGACCAUCGAUACUGUAAUCCGAUACAAGAUGAAGUGUAUAUGAGUAGGGCCAGUUCGAUAGGAAGGUUUUUGGUGGUGGCAUUUGACAUGGAUCCGAUGUUCGAUCGGGUGCAAGCAUUCGUACGAAAGCUGGUGGAUCACAAGGUUCAAGUCGAUGCACGUUUCGAUAUUAAGGGGUUCCAUAACAUUGACCUAGUGGAUCAACAAAGGGCGCAGGCCAUUUUAAAUAUUACUAAGGAAUUCAUCAUUUGAAAGUAGUAGUUCUUUACAUG